GCAAAAUGUCAGCUUAGAGAAAGAGCAUAAUUCUGUUGACAUUUCCAAUAACACGGCAUCACCUGCGAUCUCGUCAACUGGAAUAUCCGUUCUGCACGCGUGCUCGCAGGCAGCCAGACCUCCUCACGGUGUGAGAGCCUCGCGAUCCUCGUCUGAAACGGAGUAAACAACCACCGGGGGAUCCUCAGAGAGACGCCCGUACAUCGUUGUACCGUGUGUACGCUACGUGUGGGGUGUGGAAAGAUGGAUACGAGUCAGAAGACCGAAGAGGAGAGGGCACUGGCAGCCGGGGAAGAGACGCAUGAGAAGAUCGCCGUGCCGGCGGGCGUGGAGGAGGCGGGCGGCAGGGGGAGCGACCCGGACCCGGACCCCGCCGCCGACUGCAGCGAUGAGGAGGAGCCCUGCUGCGGCGGAGCCGACAAGAAAAGGAGGAAAGGUAUCAAAAAGCUGGUGACCGUGUAUGAAGGCAGUUUUCUCCAGGCAGAGGAAGAACUAAAGACAGUUGGUGUGUGUAUGGUGUCACUACUGGUGUUCGUGGUACCGUCAGUCAUCGUGGUCAUCGCAGGCUCCUCCCACCUGCAUGAGUGUGCGGACAGACCCAUGGUGCCCCUCCUGCUGAUCUCCGGCGGCGCCAUCGGGCUGCUGAAGGGGCUGUUCGGCAUCUGCUGCGAGACCAGGACAGUCGCAGUCAAGCCGGGCGGGGAGGCGUCCUGCCCCUCCAUCCGCUGUAUGGCCAAGAUGCUGUCCUGGUGCCUGGUGCUGUGGGUGGCCACCUGUAGCGUCAUCAUCUACUUCGACAUCGACACGUGCAAGGCAGACCUGUACAACGUGCUGCUGUGGACCGUGCUGGCGUGCUACGUGGGCGCCGUCGUCCUGCUCAUCUGCCAGUGCUGCUCCAGCGACAAAGAGGAAACCAAGCAGAUCCAGAAUGACGUCACCACCCUGACUAACACCACCGUGCAGGAGAGGAUCGAGAUGGUGUUCGGCUAAUUGGUCAUCACCAUGGUGACGGCAUGUGGUCGCCAUGGCGACCAAAGGUGGUAAUUGUUCAGAUGUGAUGGUGACCAGAGGCAUGUCUCUGUCACACGGGCUAGCCUAACAAACUACUGCCGUGUUUAUAGUGUUUAUAUUAUUCUUACUCAAAUAAAUUCAUAAUCAUAUACACAUUUGGUGACCAGUCCCUCUAACUUGCUACAUAAUCCAACACCACAGAGUGUCUGCUACAGCACCAGCUACCAUGGUGACAGCCAUCUGGUCCAGGUCAU